GUGACAUUGGCCACCCCGCUACGUAAUGUCCCAAUGUGUACACAGAACAUACCGCCAUGUAAAUCAUGCUUCUGUAACUUCAGUUUCGGCAUGGUCCUCCGCUACAACGGCGGUUUCUAUGGGUGACAAUACGUGCUGCUCUUUUCGGGUCCCUAGUCUGCUCACUUUGUUUAGGUUGACUGUAAACACCUCCGGCUCUGUCCACUCACCUUCAUGACAGUCAGGCAGUGAGUCGUGGGUCAGGAAGCUGUGUGCCUGGGGCCUCUUGUAUAAGCUCGGACUGUUAUUCACUGAGCUCAUUACGACGUGUGUCACCGGCGUUCACAUCUCUUACCUUGCAGGUAGGAUCGUUCUCUACUCUUGCCUGGCAGGUAGGAUGUGCUUUUGCUCACCUGUAAUUAAGCCGGGUUGAAACAGGAAGCAUCAUACACGUAGACAUCAACAUGGACACACAGUGUUUGCUGGGAGUCAGCGACGUUGUCGAGGAAGGGACCAAGGAGGAAAACACGGAUGUCAUCUGUGGCCAGUUCAGACACACACCUGAAGGGAGCAAGAGAAGAAGACACAACCCUUUGCGCGUUUCAUACCUGUUCCUGAGAUAUGUUUUCAAAAACAGAGUGUUACGGGAGUGUGUGCGGUUUUGCAGCAUCUGUAUCACAGUCAGCAUGCUCUUCAUUGGUAUACAAAAGAAGGAGUUAUGUCCCUUUGAACCUGCUAUUCCCGUGUUCCUGUUGGUUGAUGGCAGCAUCCUGGCUCUACAUACGGGCAUCUCGGCUAUCCGACUGUGUAUGGAGAAGAAAAAGUCAAAUGACCCGGAUAUCAAUAGACUUGAUAACACGAGCAUCCUCCUGAAAAUACUAGUGCUUUUUCUCGUGUUGUGGAACUUGGCAGGGUCAGUGUGGAUCUACAGUGCCGAGAAAAUAGUGCAGUUUCACGACUCCAUCAGGACCACCUAUUGUGACGUAACAGCGUAUUACUUUGCAUUUGGUCUUGUGACGUCGGCAUACAUUGUUGUCGGACUCAUCAUUGUGUUUGUGCUACUGACUGUGACGUCAUUGUACAUAUACCAGACAUGCACAAGGACGUCAUUGCGUGGAAGGGAGGACGAGGAAACGGACCAACCAGACAGUAUCACUCAUAUAUGAUCAAAAUGAGAAUUUGAUCAUUCAUCAUCGUCACGAUGUUAUCCUGCUUCAUUCAACAGUAUUACUUACACUUCAUCAUUAUCAUCGACGUUUCCUUGUAGACGGUUUUUCAUGAGAAUUCCUCUUGCCACUAUUGAGAUUGCCAUGACAAUCAGUGUACGGUUGCCAUGGACACAGGAGAUUAUUAGUCUGGAGAACAGUUGAACAGCUGUCUUAUAUACAUGUAGAAAUGUAAAUUAUGCAAUUGUUUUUCGGGCAUUUUAUUUUGUACAUAAUUAUGUAAUAAAAUGAGUUGAUAAUGUUGUGUUGUGUUAGUAUUAAUGGUGAACGUCGCUUGGAGCAUUAUCAGUUGUAUCACGGUCUGUCAAGGAAACCUAAGACUUGUGCAAUUUACGGACGUUUUAAGGGAAUCCCACAACCAGGACACUGUACUGACACGCCAGUUUGAAACACCAUCAUCAGGCAAUGGAUCCUGGCAAAGUAGAGGAAGCAACAAAGUUAGAUAUUAAGUAAGUUAGUGUAUUUACAUGGUAUGGUCUGGGUGAAGGACGUUCUUACACAGGGAAAAUGUAGAUAGUAGUUCAAACUGGUCAAUAUGACAGAUUAGAAAGUCUGCUUGUGAGUUUUCUACGUUUUCAAAGCAAGUCGUUAUCCAACAGGCGAAGCCAGGCUCCCCAGCAAAUACGUCGUACGUUUGUUGUAAGGAGAGGGACUAGUAUUCCAGGUCGAACACAGGCUCCCCACGAGCUCCCCACAGGCUCCCCCAGCAAGUACGUCGUACGUUUGUUGUAAUUAAAUUAUAUUUGUGACGUCAUUCCAUUGUCUGUUCGCUCCAUUACUUUUCAGGAAAAUGUGUACCAGUUUCAAAA